AUGUUUCCAGCUGGGGGAUUGGCUGUGGUUGGCCUGUGGUUGGCUAAGCCUCAGCCAGUCAUAGCUCAAACUCUAACCGCCAAACAAAACGUCCACCGUCCGUCGAGUUUCGGAUCGUCCAAGUACUUCGGCUCUGCAUUGCACGCGCGCAAAAAUAGAACGCACUUGCAGCAGGAUAUCUCGGAUCCAGCCUCUUCCAUAAUGACGCAGAGAGCAAUCGAGGGCCCGCUCUGGCGGUUCCAUAGCCCUCGAGAGGCCUUGCACCUGAAGAGGAGGCUUGCAGAUGCCACGACUUACAACGCCCAGCAAGCGCUGGCCUUACAUGUCAUGAUCAGCUUGCGUGAUGUAGCCGAAGACGGCGGCGGCUGCUGA